UUUCAUCGUUUCAUCGCUACGUGGUAUCAGCGUUCAAGUGAGGUCUACCCUGUCCUUAAUGCUUAUGUACAAUCAACGAUAAUAUAUCGAGUUAAAAUCUUAAUGCUUUACACUGAUAUUUUGUUAUUAAUUACUAUUAAAAGAAAGGACUUCUCGUAUUUCGAGAAAUAACUAAAGAACUGCAGAAUCUUUCUAAUUUGAUCACGAAAUAUGGCUGAUCCUAAGUAUGCCGAUUUACCUGGAAUCGCGUAUGAUCAAGUUGACGUUUAUGAGACUACCGAUUUGCCAGAGUCGGAACAGUUUCAACUUUACCCCGAGGAUGAGACAGAUUCUAUAGAGAAAUUGCAUAUUAGUGCCACUGAGGCGUUUAAUAAAUUUAAAAGUAAACAUCUCCUCAAUAAAGAAGUUGACUUUUCUGAUCGGGUAUCACUCAAACCAAGAACUGGCUAUAAAUUUGGAGAUUGGGAAUUACCUGGAGAAGGAGAGAAAGAAACUCCCAUUCAAAAGUACCAACGCUUACAAUGUGAGACUAAAGAAUUGUAUGAAGAAAUAAAUGAACUAAAGGAAAAGUCAAAAGAGGAAGAAAUGAAAUCUGUUGCUGAUAUAAUUUCUCAAAUACAACUCUUAGAAAAGCAAUUAGAUUCCUUGAAAUUGGAAGAAUGUCUUGGAGCUGAUCUCAUUGCUGAUCUCUCGGACCCGCAAGGCACAAGAAUGAAACAACUGAUAUCGCAAAUAGAAGCGUUCAAACAGACUAGUAUUCUCACAUCUGAAACUGAUUCAAAGGCACAGAAUGUAAAAGAUGAUAAAACAGCAGAACCUGGUGUACUCAAGUAUCAGAUGAUGUAUCUUCCAGAAAAAGCAAGAAUGCAGGAAGCAGCGAGGAUUGCAUUACUUGAACAAAGGCUUUGUAAUUUAGAAAGUGUGAUUGGAACAACAAGUGAUAAGCUUUCCAAAUUUUCACAGAAUCUUAAAGGUCAAGGUGUAAUGGAAGCUCUCCAAGAAUUAGGAGCAAAAGCUGCAUUAUUAGAUACAUACCAACUAGAUAUAAUUGAAAGCCGAUUAGCUACAUUAAUUCAUAGAAUGGAUAAUAUUGCACAAAAAAAGGCUACAUUAACAUUAGAUUCAGAACAAGAACAAAAAAUUUCCGAAAUGUAUGAUAUUAUGAAACAGACGGAAACUAUGACACAAAUUUUACCACAAACAGUGAAUCGAAUGUUGGCUUUAAAUACUAUUCACCAACAAGCUGCUACAUUCAACAAAUCUCUAACACGUUUAGAAGAAUUACAAUCACAAAUAACAUCUGAUCUAGAGAGUAACAAAUCUCUUUUAAAAGGAGUACAAGAGAGCUUUGCAUCAAACUUAGAAAUUAUAAGAAACAACAUAGAAUCGUUAGAUGAACGUAUUAAAAAGCUUAAUAAGUGAUAAUUUAAGAAUAUGGUUGAAAUUUUCGAUACAGAUUAUGAUAAUUCAAUUUGUUUAA